AAUAGAUGCUCCCAGCCUCUGUGAGCGGAGCGGACGGACACUUGCUGCGGUGAGGAGAGCCAGCGGACGAAGAGAAAGUGGACGCCGCAAACACAACAGAUCACUUUUGCUCGACCUCACAGCAUCGCAACAUGGCUUCAAAGUGCCCCAAGUGUGACAAGACGGUUUAUUUCGCUGAAAAGGUGUCAUCACUGGGCAAGGACUGGCACAAGUUGUGUCUUAAGUGUGACCGCUGCAACAAGCUGCUGAACGCUGGAGGACACGCUGAGCACGAUGGAAGGCCCUAUUGCCACAAACCAUGUUAUGCUGCCCUCUUUGGGCCAAAAGGUGUGAACAUCGGUGGAGCUGGCUCCUAUGUUUACGACACUCCAGCCAACAACAACCCGUCUCCCACCAGUGUGGAUUCAGCCCUCAAACCUGAGGAGAAGCGGGCGUUCGCACCCAAGGCGCCAUCGAAGGCAGCUGGCAGCAUCACCACUUUUUCCGGAGAGGCCAACCUGUGUCCCCGCUGUAACAAGAAGGUGUAUUUUGCUGAGAAGGUGACAUCACUGGGCAAGGACUGGCAUCGACCCUGCCUGCGCUGCGAGAGGUGCAGCAAGACUCUGGCUCCUGGCAGCCAUGCAGAGCAUGACGGCCAGCCCUACUGCCACAAACCGUGCUAUGCUGUUCUCUUCGGGCCCAAAGGCGUGAACACUGGCGGUGUGGGCAGCUACAUCUAUGACAAGGAGCCCAGUGCAGUGACCCAGCCUUGAACCUCUGUCCCCCUCAGCCUCAUCCCUCUUCUCUACACAACACUGACCAUCAACCACAGUAUUAUUCUUAGCCCUUGUCUCUUCCCCACAUGUGCGUUCAUACCUGAGACAACCAUCCUUCUGCUCCAGAUUACGCUCUUCUUUGUUCUGACCCGCUCCCAGCAGAUUUAGCAUCACGAGGAAGGAUUUCAAAUUCCCUCGACAUGUGUUAUAUGUAUUUGCUCCAGGAGAGCCCUCAGCACAACCACAUCCAGCAUUCCCACACGAUUGCUAUGGGUUAUCACCCGCCGUUCGGAUGAUUUCAACAAAUCGUUUGCCAUGUUUACAUAUUUAUACAUGUAUGUGAACACAUUAAAUGUCGCCACAGAAAAAAUACAAAGGUCUUAUAUUUCAAUUUUGUACCAUGAACACCGCAUGAUUGAGGAUGUCUGUUUUGAGAUGAUGUAUGGAAUCGAAAGUGAUUCUCAGGUGUGGUAAAGGUGCAUUGUGGGUAGCUGUGUGUUGACUGUGACGUAUUGACAGCCAGAGGAAUUUCACCUCGUAAGGCUGCAGCGCGCACAGGUGGUGCUCAGGAGCAUGUUGCCAAUAAAUCUGCAUUUUACAAACGCCAUAUUUAAGGUUUGGCUGCCUGACAACAUCCCCUCUGUGAAAAAAGUGAGACAGUUUAAAAAAAUAAAAUGUCCGUAAUUGUAAAAAGGUGGAAAAGUGGAUCUCUCAGGCGACUGUUACAUGAACACAUCCACGAGGCUGUACUGAGUCGACGUGAAUUUAUUUUACUUUUGAACAUACUGUAAUAAUGUGUUUUAUGUUAAAUCUGGAUAAGAAGAUUAUGUGCUAAUAACACAAACAUAUUGAACUAUUUGUCAAACAUAACACUAAUUUUUAAAGUGAGGCAGAACAAGUUUUGGCAAGGAAGGGCUGAUUUGCCUGAGAAGAAACAUGUAUUUAUUACUUUAAUUCAAGGCCGUUAAUUUGCAUCACACAUUGUACUACUACUACAACCCUUUGUGGGACAGAUUAUGAAGGAGAUAAAACAAGGCAAUGUAAGCUGUAUAAAGCUCGAUGAUCAAUAUUUUUAUUGUUAUUUUCAAAUAAAUAAUCCUGCUGUUAUUUUCCGAGUUGCUGCGCUAUUUGAUGAAUUAUAUAUGUAUAUUUUUUUGCAUUAGGCAGAAACAAUAGCUUAGCUUAUAGAACCCAAGACGAGACACUACAGACAAGUCAUUCUGUAAGAAUGUGCAUCCUAGUAUUAUUGUAUGACUGUUACUGCGUUUGUUUAUUACCUGUUGUACAUCGUAGGGCUUCAUAGACGCUGCAGGGCUCACUGUUUGUAGAACCAAAACGCUGCACUUCAGCCCUGCUGCAUUCAUCUUUUUAAUCCCCUCAAAUAAAUAUUUCAUAAACUCUUCAAGUGUUAUUUACAGUUAUUGUUUGACAGAUUCAAACUCCAUUUUCUGUUCGUGGAUUACAAUAAACAAACGCCGCAAGUC